AACAAAUAAGGAAAACUCAAAAAUUAAACAAAUAACCACCUUUAAUAAAAUGAAAGAUAAGAACAACAUGAUGAUCAGAAGGAAGAUAAAAAAAUAAUCCCCAAAAAAAUUUCAAAAUAUAGAUGAUUAGUUAAGCUCACCAUUAAUAACGAAUGAGAUUCUGUUAUAGAAAUACCCUAUCUAUUGCCCAAGUGAUAUCUCAAGUCCUCACUCUGCACGAGAAGAACCUGGUAGUAUGUUGGAAUUCUUGCUUCAUAUAGAGAAUUCUAACUACUCUCAGUUCAUAUGAAUUUUAUUGAUAAUAUAGAGUUGUUUAUAUUUAAUAUUUCGAUUAUAAGC